UUUCGGACCCCCCCUCCCGUGACCGGUGCCCCCCCCCAGGUGCGCGUGGCCCCCGGGGGGGGGUCGGUGCAGACGCAGGGGGUGAAGCACUCGCUGAACCCCUUCUGCGAGAUCGCCCUGGAAGAGGCCGUGAGGCUCCGCGAGGGCGGCAAGGCCACAGAGGUCGUCGUGGCCACCGUGGGCACCAAGGCCAGCCAGGAGACCCUGCGCACGGCGCUCGCGGUCGGGGCCGACCGGGCGGUGCUGGCCGAGGUUGGGGAGGGGGUGGCCCUGGGGCCCCUCGAGGUGGCCACGGCCCUGGCCGGGCUGGUGGGGAAGAUCCAGCCCCAGCUGGUGCUGCUGGGCAAGCAGGCCAUCGAUGACGACUGUAACCAGACGGGGCAGCUCCUCGCCGCCAUGUUGGACUGGCCGCAGGGCACC